CAAAAGCAGCCAUGUCUACUAUGAAACUGAAAGAGUUCAUCAAAGCUAUCAGGAACUGUAAACAAGCUAAGGAUGAGCGUGCUGUUGUUAGUAAGGAAUCAGCCUUGAUCAGAAAUGCCUUCAAGGAGAAAAAUCCAAAGAACAGACAUAGGAACAUAGCUAAGCUAUUGUUUGUUAACCUCCUCGGAUAUCCUACACAGUUUGGACAAGUUGAGACUAUUAAGUGUGUAGCCUCAGAUGACUAUACCGAGAAAAGGAUUGGAUAUAUGGCUCUAAGCCAACUUAUGAAUGAGAGCAGCGAGCUUCUGAUGAUGGUCACUCAAGCCAUCAAGAAUGAUUUGAAUAGCUCAAAAAGCAACUUUAUUGUUGCUUUGGGGCUUACUUCUAUUGCAGAAAUCUCAACUGAAGAUAUGUGCAGAGAACUAUAUACCGAAGUAAAGAAGCUUAUGAGAUCAACAAGCAGCUACAUCAAAAAGAAGGCUAUCCUUGCAGCUGUCAGGAUUAUUAAAAACAUUCCUGAUACCAUAGACGAUUUCAUGGAAGUGAUAGAUGUAUUGAUCAACGAGCAUUCUCAUAGUAUCACUCUGGCAACAAUGACUUUGAUCCAGGAGAUUAUCAACAUUGAGCCUGAGAGAGUUGGAACUUUCAGGAAGUACACUAAAGUCCUGAUUAAGAUCCUGAAGAACCUUAUCCACUCAGGAUAUGCUCCAGAAUAUGAUAUUCAGGGCAUCAAAGAUCCCUUCCUCCAAGUUAGAAUCAUCAGAGUUCUCGGUCAUCUAGGAGAAGGAAAUGAAGAUGCUAGUGAUGAUAUGAAUGACAUCUUGACAGAAAUAGCUACAAGCACUGAGGGAUCUAAAGGAGCAGCAAAUUCUAUCCUCUACGAAUGUGUUAGAGCAAUUAUGCUUAUCGAAGCUAGUUCAGGGUUAAGAGCAUUGGGAAUCAAUAUUUUAGGAAGGUUCCUUGUCAAUAAGGAAAAUAACAUCAGAUUUAUUGCCCUGACAAAUUUGCAUAAAUUGGUAAAUAUUGAUUACAAUGCCGUCCAAAGACACAAGACUACAGUCAUCGGAUGCUUGAAAGACCCAGAUCUUGUGAUCAAGAAGGAAGCUCUUGACCUAAUUUACCAGAUCUGUAAGAACACCAAUGUAAAGGGUAUCGUGAAAGAACUUUUGAAUUUCCUGCUUACUGCCGAGAAGGAAUUCAAGGAAGACUUGGCAAACAAAAUUUGCAUGGCUGUUGAGAAAUAUUCUCCUACCAAGAAAUGGCAUGUUGAUACAGUCAUAAAGGUCUUGACAUUAGCAGGCUCAGAAGUCAUGGAUAAUUUCAUUUGCUCAUUGAUCACACUGAUUGCCUCAACAGCAGAAUUGCAGAAUUAUUCUGUAAACAAGACUUAUUUCUCUAUGAAAGAGAACCUCGAGCAAUCUGGGCUUCAACAGUUAGGAGUCUGGUUGAUUGGGGAAUUCGGAGAGCUUCUAGUUAGCGGUCAAACAAUGGAAAUGGAUGAUACUCCUAUUAAUGUCACCGAGGAGGAAGCUGUCGAGACAAUUGAAAAGGUUAUGGAGCAUUAUAAAGACAAAGGUGAUAAAGGAGAUGUCAUUAUCCAAUAUUCUCUGGUGGCUCUUAGUAAGUUGACUAUCAGAUUUGAAUCAAUGAAAGGCAAAAUCCAAGAACUUAUUCAAAAUCAAGUUCAUAAUCCAAAUAUCGAGAUCCAACAAAGAGCUUGUGAAUUUAUGAAACUUAUUGACGAAGAUUGGGAUCAACAUAGACUAGCUAUUUUUGAACCAAUGCCUUUCCAAGGAGAUGAAAAUAUGCUUGUAGAUGCAACUGAGAGAGCAGUUAGAGAAGAAGGUGAAGGAGAUGAAGAUGAUCUCACACAACUGAAGAGAGAAGCAGCCCCAGCACAAACUCAUGUUCCAGAAGAAAGUCCACUUGAUGAUAUUUUUGGAAUUAAUUAUGAUCAACAAGAUGAAUCUCCUGAUGAUAAUUUUGACCCUCUUGGCGAUAUCUUCGGUGGAAUGGGUACUGAUGCUCCAGCUCCACCAUCAGAUCCAGUUUCAGAUCCUCUAGGAGAUAUAUUUGGAGGUGGGUCUGCAACAGCUUCAGCUAGUUCAGGAUUAGGUUCCGAUAUAUUUGGAGGAUCUCCAGCAUCUCAGACUCCUUCUGAUUUAUUUGGAAGUGCUCCUUCAGCUCCUGCCGCUCCAACCUACAUUGCUCAUGAAGACUCUAACAUUAAGGUGUUGUUCAACUUUGAAAGAGAUAGUAUGGAUUCUUCAACCCACAGGAUCACUGCAGUUUACACAAACAAGUCUAGCUCAGUUUUAGAUUCAAUUAACAUGCAGAUUUCUGUCAAAAAGUACCUAAAUCUUCAACUCUUCGCUGUGUCUAGCUCUUCUUUACAGCCUAUGCCAACAGAACAAGUGACUCAGGAGAUGAAGAUUCAGAACACCCAUGAAGGCAAGGACCCAAUUGUUUUGAGAGCAAGAAUCACAUAUACUCAUGUUGCUAGCGGUCAAAAGGUAGUUGAGACAAAAGUCCUUGAGGGACUUCCAACUGGAUAUUAGAGGAGACUAAAGAAGAAUUCGAUUCAAUAUG